AUGGUCACGACAAUUAUUUCGACUCCUGGGAUAGCCUUAGGAACUACGAGGGCCCCGACCGUCGUCACACCAACCGGAUUGAAAUACACUCCGGUUCCGAAUAGUGCUGUGACUGGGCGUGCAGCUGCGAUAACCGCUGUUCCACAGACGUCGGUGUCCGGUGUCAUUCCUGCCGGGAUGACUAUUAUACGCGCUCCGUCGACAAUCGCGAUCCAGCCAAAACCUCAAGUCAUCACUGUUGGAGGCAAGCAGCUGAUCUCGGCCCAAGGUACUCCAACUGGCGCUGUGGCAGCUGCUUCCGGACAGGUGGUGCAUUUGGUCAAAACUUCCGGCGGCUUGAUAAAACCUAUCAAACUGGUUUCAACAACUCCAACCUUAGCUCCCAAACCAGUUACGCCUCAACAAACAUCUCCUAUCGUGACUCUCCCGACAGCCACCAAAGUUAUCAAGACAAUUCCCACAACCGUUCUUCCAAGACCUGCCACAAUGAAACCAAUACUCAUCAGCGGAGCCCCAGCUCGCCCUGUCCAGGCUGUAAUGUCCACCACGUCCGGCACGCUUCAUCGUGCUCCUGGACAGCAAAUCGUCAUAAUGAGUCCUACAGUAAGUUCCCCGGUCAUCAGUGGAGGGCAGAAUGUCUUCUUCUCCCCCACCACUCAAGUUGCUCGUCAGCAACUUGCCCAGACCCCACCACAGGCCUCUGUUAUCAAACGUGAAUCAAACGACACCGUUUUUGGAGACGUUCCAAGUACCACUGACAGCAUUGAUGAGCAUGAUUUCGAAACGGAUGGACUGAAUCUACCACAGUUAGAUGGUACAGUGGAUGACGAGGACGAUUCUUCCGGAUCGACCGGCAAACAGUCCAAUACGAGCGCUCGCCGUGGAGGUCGCGGGUCUUCUCGUCUUGGGUUAGAGUUGGGCAUCGGCAGAGAA